AGUACCCUAGUCACAUGAUGGGCGUCAUCACAUGAUCUGGAAAUGGCUGCUGUUAAGUGGAAGUGGAUUUUCCUGACUGUAUAUUUUCUAUAUAUAUUGUAUAUUUCUCAGUUAACACAGGCUCAAAACAAAACCUUUGAGAUUGACUACUUAGGAAACACAUUUGUUAAAGAUGGCAAGCGUUUCCGUUAUGUGUCGGGGAGCAUCCAUUACAUGAGAGUCCCAAAGGAAUACUGGCGGGAUAGAUUAGAAAAGAUGUAUGCAGCAGGGCUGGACACCAUUCAGUUCUACAUUCCUUGGAACUACCAUGAACCUGAGAAGGGCCAGUAUGAUUUUGAAGGACAACGGGAUUUUGUGCAGUUUAUCAAAUUGGCACAGGAGGUUGGAUUGCUGGUCCUGAUCCGUGCUGGGCCGUACAUUUGUGGGGAAUGGGAUUUUGGGGGUUUUCCAGCCUGGUUGCUAAAAGAAAAUCCAAAGAUGGUGUUGAGAACAAUGGACCCUACGUACAUAAAAUACGUGGACAUCUGGAUGGAUAAGUUGCUUCCUAUGCUCACACCACUUCUGUAUGAGAACGGGGGGCCGGUGCUGAUGGUUCAGAUUGAGAACGAGUAUGGUAGUUACUAUGCUUGUGACCAUGACUACAUGGCCCACCUAUUUCUCAAGGCCAGGCAGAUCCUGGGGCCCAGGGCAGUCAUUUACACCACUGAUGGUGACUUGCAAUCCAACUUUGAAUGCGGUCCUACUCCUGGGGCCUAUGCUACAACAGAUUUUCGUGUCACAAUUUUCUUCAAUCCUCAAAAGUCUUUCCAGCCACAGAGAGACUAUGAGCCCUUUGGACCUUUGGUAAACUCCGAGUUUUAUCCUGGCUGGCUUGACCACUGGGGGUACCCACACUCGACUCUCAAUCUGGACGUCUUCUCCAGGGCCCUGGACAAGUUGCUGGACUACGGCGCCAACGUCAACAUGUACAUGUUUGAAGGAGGAACAAACUUUGGAUUUUGGAAUGGAGCAAAUUACAAACCGUUCCAGGCCGUGCCGACCAGUUACGAUUAUGACGCACCGAUGUCGGAAUCAGGGGACAUAACGGAUAAAUACUUAGCAAUCAGACAAGUCAUUUCUAAGUAUAAGCAGCUCCCAGACAUGGCAAUCCCUCCUAACACUACCAAAACAGCUUAUGGAAAAGUGGACUUGAGCUUUAUGGCUACUAUUCAGGAUGCUUUAACAACUCUCUGUCCAAAUGGACCAAUCAAAUCGGAGUACCCACUCAGCAUGGAGGCCAUUAGUCAGUAUCAAGGCUUUGUGCUGUACAGACAUACUCUUUUGGGGGAUACACCGUCCGAACCUAAAACUCUUGACCUGUCCGGUGUCAGGGAUCGGGCUUACCUCAUGAUAAACCAGGUCCCUCAAGGUGUGUUUGAUCGCAAUGGACAGAUGACAAUGAAUCUUACGCUGAAAGUGAAUGAGACAAUAGACAUCCUCGUGGAGAACAUGGGUCAUAUUGGAUUCGGAUCUGAAAUUAACAACAACACGAAGGGUUUGAUAAAAAAUGUGACAUUUGGCGGCUCCAUGUUAACUGGGUGGCAGAUUUAUCCACUGACUGUGGAGAACUUCAAACCAACGAGUCUGUCAGGGAUCUAUAGGGAUAAACCCUUCACUAAUGGAAACCUGACCACGCCAUCGUUCUAUGUCGGCAAACUUCAUGUUCCCACGACCCCCACAGACACAUACCUGGACAUGAGUAACUGGGGCAAGGGUCAACAUUUAAUCAUGUCAUCAUCCAUGAAUAAUGUUGGUCGAUACUGGCCCUAUGUUGGACCACAGGUCCGUCUCUUCGUCCCCAAGCCAUUCCUCUCGCCUUCUCCAGUCAUUAAUUACGUCAUCCUGUUUGAACUUGAGCGUGCUCCAUGUGAAAGUCCUGAUAAAUGUACUGUAGAGUUUGUAGACAAACCGUUAAUCAAUGCAACACCCCAUAAACCAAACUUCCAACGAGAGACAAGAACAUUUUCUAGGACAAGGAUAUCUGUUUAAGGUCUCGCUGUGAUAAUUUUGUCACUCAUUAGAUUGUUAAAUCUAUCAUGUUUUGCCUCUCUAUGUAUAACAGAGUUUGAUUUGGAUAUUUGUUAUUAUGAGUGUUGAGAAAGAUUAACUCUAGCCGUUUGUCUGCUUUGAUUUGAUAUGCAAGUGUUUCUUCUUGAUUAAAGCUUUCGAAAACAUAAUAUUUUGCUUAAAGCAAAGAAAUUGAAUAUUCUUAAUCCUUUAUAAGUUUCCAUUUAAAAUCUUUUUUCUUUUAAUAAGUCAGAUCAAAUGAUCUAAAAUGUGCAUUUAUUUUUCUUUUGAAAGUUAGUCUGACCUCAAUAUUUUCUGAUCUGUAUAUUAUAUAUACACACAGCAUUAUUUUCAGUGACUAUGUGGAUGUUUGUUAUUUUGUAACAUGCUGUAAUUUGUCGUGGAGAGAAUAAAUGUUGAUCUGAG